GGCUCAGAGGCCGGAAGUAGAUGGACGUACUCGGAAGGGAAGUCCUGUACAGCUGGAGUGUUGGUGUUUGGGAGUUGCUGCUGCUACUGCCGUUGAGGAAACCGUCGUGCUCUGAAGGAUGGUGUGCGAGAAGUGUGAAAAGAAACUCGGUACUGUCAUCACUCCAGAUACAUGGAAAGAUGGGGCAAGGAACACCACAGAAAGUGGUGGAAGAAAACUGAAUGAAAAUAAAGCUUUGACUUCAAAAAAAGCAAGAAAUCCCAGAAACCCCUCCAGCCAUCACCUCAUUUCCUUGCUUCCCUUCACAACAGAAGUUCUCAAAAGCUUGAUAGAGACACGUGUUAAGGGACCCUUUUAUCUGGAGGAAUUGGGCAUCUGUGCGAUGUGUGGGAAAAAGGUUUUGGAUACCAAAAACUACAAGCAAACAUCCGUCUAGCUACUGAUGAAGAUUCUGGCAUUUCACGAUUUUACUUUCUGCUUUGAACUGUUAAAGCAUAGCAUAGAUGUACAAGUCACAAAAUAACUUGUUGUCAGACAAAUAAGUUUGAGGGCAAUUGAUAUUCAUUAUUUUGCUCUCAAGAAGGAAUAGUAAAAAUGUAAUUAGUUUUCUGUCUUCAGUUGUUGUUUUUCUUAAACAUUUUAUUCAACUAGAAUAAGUAGCGAAUUUAAUGGGAAAAGAAAACAAAAAUCCCAGUUCUGUAUGCACUUUUUAUCCCACAUCUUUCGUGUCAUCCCUGUUGUUUCCUCCUUCGUUUGUAGGUAUUGGAAGAAAGAGUAGGAGAGUACUGAUGUUUUGUUCUGGGCCUGGCAUCUAGGCUUAUCAUUCUUACUGAUUUUUGCUUGCCUGUUAUUCCCUUACUGGUUGUCUGGUUCCCUUACUGCAGUUUCUCGGGGUUUUUAAUUGUCUGAAAACAUUGCUGCUGACUGCUCAUGUCAUGCUCGAGUCAGAUCAGCGACCAGUUAGAUUUGUGCACUUGGGUGGUGGUAGUUCUUGAUGUGAGAUGUCCAGUUCCUUUGUUCUAAGAACAAGGAACAUCUCCAUGCCCAAAUUCAUAUAGCAGACUUCAGAAAUGCAUGUGUACACACAUUACCUUGAAUUCAACUGUCAU